CUGGCGCAGUUCGAGCACGCGUCGGAUGCGUUAGUCGCUCGCCGGACGCAUAUCGUAAAAGACCACUACAAAAAUUCGCGCAAAAAAAAAUAAAAUAACUUGGUCAUCAACGCAUUUUUGCCUCAACCGGCCAAAACCGUGAAUCAUCAGUAUAUCGGAUAACCCCAAUCGGCGCGCGGUCGAUAACAAACUUUCAUUCCGAAAGACAACCGAGGAAUCAUUAAAAUGUAAUUACGCACACACAGCGUAAAUAAUACCAUAACAAUAAAAAAUAAACUACUACAAAAGUGUUGUGUGACAAAGUGUCUACCGGCCUGCAACCUUGAAAAAAAAUUCAAAUUCAUUCUUUGAUGUAAAACAAAUAAUAACGCAUAAAUCUCAUGGCUGACCAGAGUAUACUUCAAAUUUUCAACAAAUAAUAAUCGUAGUAAAACAUUCAACGCACGUUUGCAACCAUGUAAACUUUGUAAGGUGACUUAUUAAAACUCAAGUUUAAGGCUAGUCGAUAGAAAAUAAAACCAAGUGUCGUUUUCCAGUGGCAGUCACAUUGCGUGUUCAAGUGCAGUUUUGAACGGCGGCCAAAAAAAACCGCUUUCAAUGAACUUCAAUCGAAACAAUCAUCAAAGUAGUCUAAAUUUAAAGGAAUAUUUAAUCAAAAAAUGAAAAAUCCGUUAUAAAAACAUCACAGAAUGGCAGACCUCGAUAAAAACUACACUUUACAAUCAGUGAAUGGCACCAAUGGACCGGAAAUAGCUCCCGAGGUGAUUACGUGGAUCGUCAUCGACUCGAUCAUCAUAUGCCUAACGCUAGCCGGGAAUAUUCUGACAAUUUGCGCGAUCAAGUUGAGCAAAAAGAUUUCGGAACUGCUCUCGAACCGGUACAUCUUUAGUCUGGCGGUGAGCGAUCUGCUCGUGGGGCUGACACUGCCAUAUCAUCUGGCGUUCACCAUCGAUGAUUAUCUGGGAUCGCACGAGAGCACCUGCAUCCUGCGCUUCGUCCUUAUUAUAUUGGCAUGCAGCAGUUCUAUUUACAAUCUUCUUGCGAUUGCUGCUGAUCGAUAUAUUGCCAUUGUUUUGCCAUUUUUUUACAGCAGACAUAUGACAAGAAGAGUUGUCUGGUCAAUAGUUUUCUCUGGCUGGUGCUUGUCCAUCGGCAUCGCAUCAAUGCCAAUCUACUGGAACACAUACGAGCCGGGCAAGUGCACACAGGACCACGUCCUGCCCGCACAAUACGUCAACUUCAUCAUCACCCCCAUGUUCCUCUCCAUCUGGCUGGCGAUGUCCGUGCUAUACAUGCGAAUAUGGCGCGAGGCAGCCGAACAUGCAAAACGCCUCCGCACCGCAGCCAAUUUCCCCGGCGCCAGCGCCAAGCAACGCAAAUCUCUCAAAGAAAACAAAUCCGUACAGAUGGUUUUAUUGAUACUCGGCUGUUUUUCGCUCUGCUGGUUUCCCUACUUCUUUGUGUUAACUUAUAUGCGAUUAUACAACGGCAGAAGUCUACCAGAAGUCUACGAAGCCGUCUUUACACUAGCUGUGAGCAACUCCUGGAUGAAUCCACUCAUCUACGCGUGGAAGAGUAAAAACUAUCGGAAUGCAUUCUGGUGUCUGCUAAAGUGUAAAUCACCGCGAAAUCUCAACAAGGAGCCAAACUUCAUCACUGAUCACAUUCCGGGUGAUAAAAGUCGCAAAAAUAAUAACCCUGCUGAGCGUUCAAGUGAUAACAAUCUCCGAAUAGAGAUACAAUUACAGGAAGAUUUUAAACAAGCGAAAAACGGUAAGAAUCUCGAUAAACAACAAGAAGAAAUGCAGCAUAGUGAUGGUACAGUUACAACAUGCAUCAACUAAACAAAAAACAACAUCCAAUAUGUACUUAAUCACUAACCUAACACAUUUUAUACACGCGAUGAUUUGCGAUGUGAAUUCAUGCAGCUGUGGAUGGUAUUCGGCCGUUUUUUUCAAACACGACCGAUAACCUCAUCGCGCACGAAAAUAGUAUUUCCAUACAGGAACGUAUUACAGGUUGUUUUUUUUUUUGAAACAACAGUCAAACUCCAAAGUAUUACAAUGUAUUACUUAUACUACGCAUUAUAUUAAAAUCUCCAAACAAGUUGAAGUAUUUCGAAAAAAACUACGGGCCUGCACCUGAUAAGCGCGCUAAUCGGGUGCAUGCGAUACGUUCGCGGAUAUGAGCAACGGAUCAAUCAAAUUUGUUUACGACACCUCCCGAAACAGUGAUAAGGAACCAACGCGAUGGGCCAUCAUCGCCGAUAUUACUAGCUUUAUAAAUAAAUUUGUUCUAGCGAUAAGUACCUACAACGAGUACCUGUUUGUUUACUGCAUCGUAAUUGUUUUAAUGGGAGUGAAUUACAACGCGCCGCGCGUCAAGAAACCAGUACACAAUUAUGACGAUCAGAGUGAUAAUGAUUGCGAUGAGAGUGUAAAUAUUUUCUCGCGGUGGUAUUUUAUUUGCAAAUGUGCAUUUAAUGUUAAUUGCUGUGUUAUUUAAUUUAUUGCUAAUUGGUACGACGGGUAUAUUUAUAUUACAGUAUUUUUAGAAAUUAAUUGUAAAGAAAUUUGAAAAGAUAUUAAAAACUAAUAAAUGUUGAAGCAAAAUGAAAAAA